GAAGGGUCGGGGAGGUCGGGAGCGCGCCCGUGAGCCCGGGGCUGCAGCGGCGUCGGUGGUGUCGGGAGCGGCGCGGUGGAGGAGGCGGAGCCGGGGGCUCGGUUCUUUAACAAUGGCACAAGUAGAGAAACGGGGAGGUUUGCUCCGGAAAUCUUCAGCAUCCAAAAAACCACUAAAGGAAAAAGUGGUACUGAUGUAUGAUGAGAUCUUCAUGACAGAGGACCCUAGUAAGUGUAGUCCUCGGUUUUGGGAGGAGCUCUUCCUUAUGAAGGUGAAUUUAGAAUACCUAGAAGGCAAGCUGGAAUCCCUUGAUGGUGAGGAGUUAAUGAAGAUCAAGGACAAUAUUAAUUGUUUAUUUCAGCACUGCAUCCAGGCUCUGGGAGAGGAGCAUCCAAUUCGAGUUGUCAAUGCAUUACAGACAUUGUGUGCACUUAUUCGGGGAGUCCACCAAAAGAAUAAGUCUACCUCUGGGUUUGACAUUAUCAACAUGCUGAUGGGCUUUGAUAAGGCGGAGCUGUGCAUGAAGAACUUGAUGGAGAGUUUGGAUUCAUUGCUUUGUGCAGAAGGUUCUGAAAGUCUGAAGAGUUUAUGUCUGAAACUUCUUCUCUGCUUAGUGACUGUAACAGACAACAUCAGCCAGAACACUAUCUUGGAAUAUGUAAUGAUCAACAGCAUAUUUGAAGCAAUUUUACAGAUACUUUCCCAUCCCCCAAGUCGUAGGGAGCAUGGGUAUGAUGCUGUUGUGCUCUUGGCUUUGUUGGUAAACUACAGAAAAUAUGAGUCUGUGAAUCCUUAUAUUGUGAAGCUAUCUAUUGUGGAUGAUGAGGCUACGCUCAAUGGUAUGGGACUUGUGAUAGCUCAGGCUUUAUCUGAGUACAACAGGCAGUAUAAAGACAAGGAAGAAGAACACCAGAGUGGUUUUUUCUCUGCUUUAACAAAUAUGGUGGGCAGCAUGUUCAUAGCAGAUGCCCAUGAGAAAAUCUCAGUACAAACCAAUGAAGCCAUUCUUCUGGCACUUUAUGAAGCUGUUCAUUUAAACCGAAACUUCAUCACAGUAUUAGCUCAGAGUCAUCCAGAAAUGGGGUUGGUGAACCCUGUCAGUCCCACUCCAACAACCCCAGUCACACCACUUGGGACCACGCCACCCUCCUCUGAUGUUAUAAGUUCUGUGGAACUCCCACUGGAUGCAGAUGUACAGACCAGUAAUCUACUGAUAACCUUCUUAAAGUAUAGCUCAAUUGUCAUGCAGGACACUAAAGAUGAACACAGGCUUCACAGUGGCAAGCUCUGUCUGAUCAUCCUUACGUGUAUUGCAGAGGAUCAGUAUGCCAAUGCAUUUUUACAUGAUGACAACAUGAAUUUUCGAGUAAACUUACAUAGAAUGCCUAUGAGACACAGAAAGAAGGCAGCAGACAAGAACCUUCCCUGUCGUCCUUUAGUGUGUGCAGUAUUGGACUUGAUGGUAGAGUUUAUUGUAACACACAUGAUGAAAGAAUUUCCUAUGGAUCUCUAUGUACGCUGCAUUCAGGUAGUUCAUAAACUGCUUUGUUACCAGAAGAAGUGUAGAGUUCGCCUGCAUUACACCUGGCGGGAACUCUGGUCAGCCUUGAUAAAUUUGCUGAAGUUCCUUAUGUCAAAUGAGACUGUACUUUUGGCCAAACACAACAUUUUUACAUUAGCCCUUAUGAUUGUGAACCUCUUUAAUAUGUUCAUUACAUAUGGCGACACAUUCCUGCCAACCCCAAGCAGCUAUGAUGAACUUUACUAUGAGAUUAUCCGUAUGCACCAGAGCUUUGACAAUCUCUACUCCAUGGUCCUUAGGCUUUCUACUAAUGCAGGCCAGUGGAAAGAAGCAGCAAGCAAGGUGACCCAUGCGUUGGUUAAUAUCAGAGCCAUCAUCAACCACUUUAAUCCCAAAAUUGAGUCCUACGCAGCUGUGAAUCACAUAUCUCAACUGUCAGAGGAACAGGUGCUAGAGGUGGUACGAGCCAACUAUGAUACUCUCACACUGAAGCUGCAGGAUGGCCUGGACCAAUAUGAGCGCUAUUCUGAGCAGCACAAAGAAGCUGCCUUCUUCAAAGAGUUGGUUCGAUCUAUUAGCACCAACGUCCGGAGAAACCUGGCUUUCCACACACUCAGCCAAGAGGUCCUGCUAAAGGAGUUCUCCACUAUCUCCUGAGGCCACACCCACAUGAGAGCCACUGACUGCCCUUACCCAUGAGGCUACUGGGCUGGAAGGGGAGUAAGAGGAGUAGGGGCUGCCUCCAAAGUUGGAGAGAAGCAUAGACACGAAGUCUUUUGGUGAAGGCCACACUUCAACUUCAGUGGAACUUAGACAGUGAGGACAAGCCAAGGAUGUCCUCUUAUGGGGAGGAAUGGGUGGGCAAAGGGAGAGGUGUCCAACAAUGUGGGACAUCCAGGUUGUACUCCUUAGAUACCCCCUCAUAUCUCCAAUUGAGAUUAGAACUUGUAGUGACUUAAUUUUCAGAAGCUGAUAGUGCAAGCCUCAGGUGACCCCAACACCCUGAAGGCCAAUGACCUUCCUUGGCUUUUGAAAACAGAUAAACUCUCAUAUAUAGCUGGAGCCACAUCCUGCUUCCUUUGGGCCUGAGGCUGAGCUAGGUUUGAAUCUGUGUCUCCUACCCCUGUUGGCACUCUGUCCAGUCAUUAGCACCCUUACUUGAGGCUUAGUGUAGGGUUAGGAAUGGGGCACCUUUUCUUCUAAAUUCGAUUGGAGUCUGCACAAUAAGUGCUCUGCUGUCCGACCACCAUUUUCUGGAUUUUAGUUUUGGUCCCAGGAGUAACCAUUAGCUUUCCCCUGCCUUCCAGCCCAUUGACUCAUCAGCACAAUAGGCUAACAACUUUAGCCUUUCAUUUUUAGUUUAUUUUAAACUGUCUUAAAGGUGUGUGUGAAAUAAACAUUGACAGGUUUUCUGGAGCCCUCAAGGUGCCUACUUGGCUGGUUCCUUUCCAGCAGCCUCCCCACCUCCCAAGCCACCCCCUCCACUGGAAGCCUCUGCUGAGCUCCCCUCUACUUGUUCCACCCCCUCACCCUGCUGUUGUUUACAUCCAGCCUGCCUGAGAAUUUCCUCUGGAGAGGAGUCUGUUCCUGCUGUGGUGUGGUGCCUGGGAAGGAUAGAACCUACCAGGGGCAAGGAGGCCUCCAUCUUAUAUACCCAUAUUCUGGAUGAGACCUCUGGCAAAUCUUCUGAUGUUUGGGAAGAUGGCUGUGGUUCUUCCUUUGGAUAGCUUCUAGGGGACCACUGUAGGCUUUCCCUUCCCUACAGCUGCCCCCAAAAUAGCUGCUGGUCUAAGAUCUUCCCUUUCUAAAACAUUUUCUAAAGCCCCUACAAUGGCCUGGAUCAAGCAACACAGAAAGAAUCAAAGCACGUGCAAGAAUUUAAUAGUGAAAGCAGGUCUGGGACCUUCCCAGCUGGUAUUUAUUUAGCCUGAUACUUGCCUUCCCUGGGAACCAGAGUUCUGAUUGUACAAAAAUGUGCUAGUUUUAGAGAAUCCACCAACAGACUGCUAUGCAUAGAUACAGAUUCUUAAGAGAUCACAGGCUGGGUCAUCUCUGAUCAAUGAUCACUAGAUGGAUAGCUCAGCCUGAGGCUUUAGUGUUUCCCACCAUGGUGAUAAAACCUCAGAGCAGUUGGAUCUGGAGCUCAAGGCAAA